UCCUUUAUAGACAUCCACAAACCCAGCAGAAGCGGGCUGCAGUCUCUUCUCUAAACCAAGAACCCGACACGAACUCAACCCAACAUCGCUAUGGGAUCUUACAUGACUUUAACUUUACCGCUUCUCAGUUUGUUGGGAUGGACGCUGAUCUCUGCCUUCAACCUGGACAAGGACAAUGUUAUCAAGAAAACGGGAGAUCCCAACAGCUUGUUCGGUUUCUCCCUUGCCAUGCACCGACAACUCAGACCAGCUGAUAAAAGAAUGUUGCUUGUUGGUGCACCAAAAGCUAAAGCAUUGUCCGGGCAGAAGUCAAGCAUUACGGGAGGCAUGUACAAAUGUGACAUAAAUUCUCCCAGUCAGUUUUGCCAACGAGUGAUGUUUGACAAUGAAGAAAACCUGCAAACGGAAAAUAAGGAAAACCAGUGGAUGGGAGUUACUGUACAGAGCCAGGGACCUGGAGGAAAGAUAUUGGCCUGUGCGCAUCGCUACCAGCGACGCAUGUUUGUGGGAUUACCUCAGGAGCUGCGUGAUGUCACGGGUCGUUGCUACGUACUUAGUGAGGACCUAACGAUUAAUAAUUCCGAAGAUGAAGAUGGAGGGGAGUGGAUGUUCUGUAACGGGAGAAACAGAGGACACGAGCGCUUUGGAUCAUGCCAGCAGGGUCUCUCUGCCACAUUCACAAAGGACCAUCACUAUCUGGUGUUUGGAGCACCGGGUGCUUACAACUGGAAAGGACUGGUGCGGAUGGAGCAGAAGAACAGCUCUCUGUGGGAAAUGAAUGUCUUUGAUGACGGCCCAUAUGAAGUCGGAGAUGAGAAUCAACUUGAUCCAGAGCUGGUGCCUGUCCCUGCUAACAGUUAUUUAGGUUUUUCUCUGGACUCUGGAAAAAUGCUGACCAAGAGAGGUCAAUUGACUAUUGUUGCUGGGGCUCCAAGAGCCAAUCACAGUGGGGCAGUUGUGCUAUUAAAGAAGGACGACGUUAAAUCAUCCAUGUUGACAGCUGAAUACAUACUGGAGGGUUCCGGACUUGCCUCUUCCUUUGGUUAUGAUCUUGCGGUGCUUGACAUUAAUGGAGAUGGGUGGCAGGACAUUGUAGUCGGAGCACCUCAGUACUUUAUUAAGGACGGUGAUAUCGGUGGGGCCAUCUAUGUUUAUCUUAACGAGGAAGGGGCUUGGGACAAGAUCACCCCCAAGAGAAUUGAAGGAGCUGCUUAUUCCAUGUUUGGUUUGGCUGUGGAAAACAUGGGAGAUGUGAACCUGGAUGGUUAUCAUGAUGUUGCAGUUGGUGCCCCAUAUGACAGUAAGGGAGUUGGAAAAGUAUUUAUCUUCCAUGGUUCAACAACAGGUCUUAACAAAGCCCAGGUUCUUGAAGGACAAGAUCACAAAGUGAAACUCUUCGGAUACUCUCUUGCUGGCAACAUGGAUUUAGACAGAAAUAAUUACCCUGAUCUGGCUAUCGGAUCUCUCUCUGAUUCAGUGUUUGUGUACAGGGCACGGUCAGUUAUCAGCAUUGAAAAGACUGUCACCACCACUCCAAAGGAGUUAGAUCUCACGAAGAAAAACUGUGGAGACACUAUAUGCCUUGAUGUAAAAGCCUGCUUCAAAUUUACAGUCAAACCCCAAAACUACAAUCCUACACUGAGGGUGAAAUACACUAUCACGGUUGAAUCUGAACGGAAGAAACUUAGUCUUCCUUCUAGAGUCAUCUUCAACCCGCGCUCAGUCAAUGAGUAUGAAAGCACAGGAGAAGUAGAGCUCAAGGGUCAGGGCACAGAAAGCUGCGUUACCAGAGGCCUCAGACUGCAGGAAACCCUAAAAGACAAACUGAGAAGUAUCCCGAUUGAUGUCUCUGUGGAGAUCCUGAACCCAUCCACACGCAGGAAGAGACAGAGUGCUCUCCCGAACCUGCUUCCCAUCCUGGACAAGAACCAAGAAGCCACCACUGCUACCAAUGUUCAAUUUAUCAAGGAAGGAUGUGGUACUGAUUUUGUCUGUAAUAGUGACCUGCGACUACAGUAUAAAUUCCACACCAGGGAACCAAACACAUACAUCUUUCAUCCAUUACCUGAGGAAAAAGGAGCUCCCAUCCUGUCUCUUAGUGAUCAGAAGGACAUUGCCUUGGAGAUCAAGGUGGAGAACAAGGGUGAAGAUGCUUAUGAAGCGCAGCUGUCUUCCUCGUUCCCCAAAUCCCUCUCUUAUUCGAAAGUUUACACUAAAUCUGAUGAUAAACCUUUCAGUUGUCAGGCCAAUCAGAAUGGGUCACAAGCCGAAUGCGAAAUUGGAAAUCCAUUCAAAAAAGAUGCUGAGACAACUUUUUACUUCAUUCUGAGCACGGGAGGAAUUUCUUUGGAUACAACUGAAAUUGAAAUUGAUCUUGUACUCAAAACGACAAGUAAUCAGACCCAGUUACCAAGAAUCAAAGCCAAAGCCACUGUUAAGAUCCAGCUGCUGUUGUCCCUCUCAGGCAUUGCUAAGCCAUCUCAGGUCUACUUUACUGGAGAAGUUAAAGGAGAGAGCGCAAUGAAGUUGGCAACUGAUGUCGGCAGUCCAAUUGACUAUGAAUUCAGGGUUACAAAUUUGGGCAAACCCCUUAAAUCAUUCGGUACGGCUUCUAUGGUUAUCCAAUGGCCUAAGCAUAACUCUCAGGGCAAGUGGCUGCUGUACCUCAUGAAGAUGACCUCCUCCGGUUUAGACAGCUUCAGCUGCACCAAUCAAAAUGAGGUCAACAAACUCGGUUUGAAGGAGCCUUCAGAGUCACGAACUAAACGUGAAAUUGGGGAAACUCCUGCAAAAGAGGGAACAGCCUCUCUCUUUACUGACAAGAGGAAAUACAUUGUUUUGUCGUGUGAGGAUGGGGCGGAGUGUAUCACAUUCAGAUGUCCUCUAGCGGGAAUGGACAGCAAUGCUGUCAUCAGCCUGAGAGCUUAUCUUUGGAACUCUACCUUCCUGGAGGACUAUGCAAAAUUGAACUACAUUGAUAUUAUUGUCAAGGCAUCACUUGAUUUCAAGAGCUCAGCUACAAAUAUACAGCUGAAAAAUGAACCAGCACUGGUACGCGUCACCGUGUUUCCGGAGCACAGAGUUGCGCAGUACGGCGGUAUGCCCUGGUGGGUCUUACUGGUGGCCAUUUUACUCGGACUCCUUUUGCUGGGCCUUUUGGUCUUCUUGCUUUGGAAGUGUGGAUUUUUCAAACGUUCCAAGUAUGAUGACAGCGUCCCCAGUUAUAGUGCUGUGCGGAUAAAGUGGGAAGAGAGGGGAAAAGAGCCGGGGAAAGAAGAAAUGGAUCCUCCGGAGAAGAAACAAUGGAUGACUUCUUGGAAUGAAAAUGAGAGCUACUCAUAGCUAAAUGCUAAUCUGAUUGAAAUCAAACCAAAGACUCCCUUCUUAAGGCCUUUAAUGCUUACUUUUGCACACACUGAACUUUUCUUACUUGAGUUUUGUUUUAUAUUAAUAUUUGCUUCCACGUUCCACCCCAUUUUCAUAUCACAGUUCACUUCUCAUUCAUACAGUAAUGUAUAUACAUUUAAUGUAUUUAUUCUCAGCAGUGGUUUCAGUUGUACAAAGGCCAAAGGUUUUACAUUUUUUUUUCUUUUUUUAUGAUUUGUUUGUGUCAGGACUGCUUGGUUCUUAUUUUUUCUUAUCCUGAUAUCCAGCUAAAACAAUCUGGAUGAAUGUAAAUAUUUGUGUCUUUGGAUUUUUAUUUUUCUUAUUUUUUUUUCUCUAUUUGUUGCUUAAUUGUUAAAACCAGUCAGGUACAUAUUUUAUUUUCACAGGUGUUUUUUCACUGUACUUAAACUACUACAACUGGGACUGAUUUUAUUAAGAGCUACUUUGUUAUGAACAGUUUGAUAUAUUAUCAGUUGACUGCCACAAUCCACUGUAAGAUCAGAUUCUAAAGUUUUCUUUUAGUUUUUGAAGUUCAUUUGAAAAUAUCUUUGUAUAAAUGUGAAGUUGCUUUUAUUUUACAUUUUUUUAAACAGCACUUUUGGCAAUGCUAGUGCUCAAAUAAUGAAAAGUAUUAAUUCUGUAUUAAUUUGUAAAGUGACUUGUUGAAUGGAGAGUGAUGAUGUCUGAAUUUUAGCCACUUAAAUGUAUUAGCUCACAAAAUUGACACUGAAGUAAUGAAAUUGAUUAUUAGAUAUUUGGUAUUAAUUUUUCAAAUAAAAGUUUUGCUGGACCUUAA